AUGUGGAACGACGAAGACAACAAUCCCUAUGGCACAAGCUUUGACCGCCGGGACAGCUUGACCUCCUCCUCCGCGAACCCUGCCUCUCCGACUUCCCCCGUGUUCCUAAACCGCUGCCGCGUCAUGAACGAAGUCAGAGAAGACGGUGUCUGGUGGCGGUUCCUUGACCCUAACGCUAGCUGGAGUGAGGUCCUCAACUCACAUCCCAUCUCGUCCAUCCCGAAGUCGGUCCUGAGGGCCCCGCCCCUGGAUCCCGCCAACGCUUCUGCCGCCCACAGCUAUCUCCCUGUGCCCUCGAGCUCAGCCAAACUCAAGGCUGGCGGAGGUCACACCGACCCCUCGUCGUCUUAUGGACAGGGAACUCCCCAUGGCCGUUUCCCGCCCGACAACAGCAACCUCACCGAGGAGCAGCUUGAUCCUUACUUUAAUGCAUUUGAAGCUUCCAGCAAGGACCUCGAGUCACUCCUCACAGGUCCGAUGGAAAAGGUCAACCGCCGAACUGUCAGCCAUCUGCAGUCUCUGGCUGCCGACCUGUGCGAUCUCGGCUCCCGCUUCAACGGUUUUGCCCUGUCAGAGCCGUCAGCCACGCUCGGUCCAGCCAUCGAGAGGGUCGGCCAGGCCGCUGACUCUUCCUACAUUGCGACAGAGGAGCUUGCGGGUUCCCUAGGAGCUAGUUUUGCAGAGCCGAUGCGCGAGAGUGCGCAAUUCGCCGGAGUUGUCCGGAAUGUACUCAAGUACCGCCAGUUGAAGCGUAUUCAGCAGGAGCAGACGAAUGAUGAGCUGAACAGAAAGAAGGCGCAGCUGGAGGAGCUUGAGCGGAGCGAAGCUGAGUCGAGGCGCAUCGAGCAAUACCUUAACAGCAGUCAGGUGCACACGCCUCCGCCCAAGCGAUCGACCAGUCUUAGAGAGACGGGCACCUCGCCACAGUACUCAAGGGAGACUGAGGACACAGCCUCGAUUGAUUCCGACUUCCCUCCAACACACGGCGAACCGGCUCCUUCGGCAAGUCAAGGUAUCCCGCAGAGAAGCAACUCAAGCCCCGGCCAUAGAAAGGUACAGAGCAACAACUCGAUCACCAACAAGAUCUUUGGUCCCAUCCGCCACGCCAUCCAGGGUGUCGCGGACGUCGAUCCCGAGAGAACCCGUCGCGACCUUAUCGGUAAGACACGGGAGAGCAUUGAGCAGCUGCAGCAGGCACAGGUUGCGUCCGAGCACGACGUGCAGGAUGCCAGUCUCAGCAUCCUGACGGACCUCAAGAGGUUCCAGGCGGACAAGGAAGAAGAUCUUCGCCGCUACAUGUUGGCGUACGCGAAGAGUCAGAUUGAAUGGGCGAAGAAGAACCAGGAGACCUGGAAGGAGGCCAAGGCCGAGAUCGACAAGAUCGACGAAAGUUGA